UAAACCGACAGUUAUAAUGUUGCCGUUCGCGAAGCCGGUUCAUAAGCUCAAGUUCAGGGCGUAAAAUCUCAUUAUCGUUCCGCACUCGUGCCGCGACGGUUGCGCAUCCGGCUUGUGUCCUUUUGCGGAAAGUUUUUCUCAUGCUGUGGUUGGUUGGAACAAAAAAAAAUCUGAUCGUUGCUGGUGGGGACAAUUUUCCGCCGCUGUGCUAAUGGUGUUCAACCUCCUUCAAGUAAGCAGACAAAUUUGCCCUGUCACAUAAGUUGGCUUAUUUCACUUGGUGGAGAUCCUCCAGGAUAGCCCAGCGAAUGGACGGCAAAAACGAAGGGGCGUUGAAGAUACGGUUUAUUUCAACGUCUUGCAGAAGCUUUUCUUGUGCAGAGUCAAGUUAAGUGGUGUGAAUAUUUGCAUUUUGUCUAAGAAAUAAUUAUAACGAGUGAUGGUGGUGUGCAAGAGGUUAAGGAAAAAGAAGUUUGCUCUUCGCUGAUUACUUAUUUUGUGCAACUGGAGAAAAGUGAAAACUGAAGGCGGGUCACUCUGGCGACUUUGUCAUAGUGUGUGGUAAUCCGUGUCGUGCAGAGAGAGAAGGCUAUUCAUCGCCGUGCGUUCGACCGUAUGGAACUGUGACGAUUUUGCAGCGUCAGUCAGUCGUGUUACGAAACCCGCCAUCGUAUGAGGACACGUACGUAUGGAGAGUGUGUUAUCAGUGUGAAAAACGAGGAGAAAAAAAAAAACACCGGGAAAACGAAAUUCAAUCAAACACUCGCCGGUAGCGAAUGGUGUAGAAGAAAACAAUUACGCGCGCUCUGCUGGCGUCAAUAGGGUUAGUUACGGAUUCCAAUUCAUUAGUUCUGAAGUGAUUGGAUUAAUUGUGCUAGAAAAUGAUUGCGAUGACAGUUCUUUGAAACCAUAUUAUUGCUCGAAAGAUGAUUUUGCGAAUUCGCUCCGGUUUGCUUUCGAACGGGUUGACCCAAAAAUGGACAAAUUAUGUUACACUCCGUCCGUCCGACCGACCUAGCCCAGCGGUGGUUUAGCGGUACCAGCAAGCCGGAAAGCAUUGAGCUCGAGUCCCGUGCCCGUCGUGGAGGUACACCGCCCAACCCGUGACCUGUAUUUGUCUUAUCAAGCUUGGAACUCGGCAAACAAAUUGCUGAAAGGAUAUAUCCUGCGGCGUUGAUGCCAGGUGCUAUUCCGUCACACCGAGUCUAUUUGCUGGGCGGAACACGACGAUCAGACGAGCAGGAAAAAAGGACACAUACACUCAUAAAACUCACCAGUUAUCCGGCAGGACCGUAUGGACGUCGGGAAAAUAGUGAUCCUUCAUCAUAACCGCUGACGGUCAUCGGGCUGGUACUGAACUUUCCGACAGAAAGCGUAUAUCUGGAACUACGGAUGGCAGUGCCAGGGAUAUAUGCAGAAUAAUCAUUCCCGUCAUCAUCGUCAGUCAUCACCGUUGCCACUCGUUAGCCGAGUGGCAUUACUGCAGCAGCAACAGCAGCGCUCGAAUCAAUUGAGUUUUCCCGAAUACCAACCUGCGACACGAGGUCCUUACUUUGUGUUCCAUCAGCGUUGUGAGAGAAGAAAAAAAAGCUGUUACGUUAGUGUUGACAUAGGACUUUCUCUGUCUAGUGCUUCACACAAAUGGAAGACUUAUUGAAAUUUCGACAACGCUGCAAUGUGUGAUAAUCGUGCCACGAUAUCGAAAACAGAGUGCAGUUACGCGAUGGAUAGUAAUCUGACGUACUUCCUGACUGGAGGUGGUUUGUUUGGGGAGAACGCUUCACUGGAUGAAUUCGACCUGGCGACCGGUAUUGCUGGCGGAAAUAGCGAAAUGGUGGGAGUAGGAAAUGAUACCUUUUUCCGCAGUAACUCGACGUGCCCCCCUACGAGUAUGCCGAUUGCAUACACGUUAUUCAUGGUACUCUAUGCUGUUGUAUGUCUAGUCGGCGUCAUGGGAAAUACUUUGGUAAUCUAUGUAGUGCUACGGUUUUCCAACAUGCAGACGGUAACCAAUAUGUACAUUUUGAACCUGGCCAUUGCGGACGAAUGUUUCCUGAUUGGAAUCCCGUUUCUAAUCGCAACAAUGCACAUGCGGCGCUGGGUAUUUAGUGGUGCGAUGUGCAAAGCUUACAUGGUCAGCACAUCGAUUACGCAGUUUACUUCGUCAAUAUUUUUGUUCAUCAUGUCCGCUGACCGGUACAUUGCUAUUUGUCACCAUAUAUCGUCGCCAAAAUACCGAACACCGCUAGUAUCACGUAUAGUGUCGGCACUAGCGUGGCUGGUAUCUGCCUUAAUCAUGCUACCGAUAAUGAUUUACGGCGAAAGCAUCGAAGUUGGGCCUAACACUUUCUCCUGCCAGAUUGUGUGGCCAGAAACGCACGAACAUAUACGGGGAACAGCGUUCACACUCUAUUCAUUGAUUCUCGGCUUCGUCAUUCCUUUGUGCUUCAUCAUGACGUUCUACUGUUUGGUUAUAAGAAAGCUUCGCAACGUUGGCCCCAAAACGACCAACAAAUCACGCGGAAAACGAAGGUCCCACAGGAAGGUUACCAAGCUGGUGCUCACCGUAAUCACCGUUUACAUCCUUUGCUGGUUACCGUAUUGGAUCUCUCAGGUGGCCCUCAUAACGUCCCCCGUCGAUUCAUGCCAAACACGACUGGAUAUCAUCCUAUUUCUGCUCGUAGGCUGCCUUGGCUAUAUCAACUCAGCCAUCAAUCCAAUCCUGUAUGCGUACCUUAGUGAGAAUUUUAAAAAGAGCUUCCUGAAAGCUUGUACGUGCGCUGCACGGGCCGAAGUGAAUGCCCAGUUGAAAUUAGAAAACAGUGUCAUGCCCAAGCGUUCCCGGACACGCACUAAUUCCGACACGACCCAAUUGACGACAUCGAAGGUCCAGCAUAGGCUCUUGAUAGAUCCAACGACGACAGCCACUACAACAACGACUGCGGCCUCAACUGUAUCCUCGCGGAAUCCCAGCCCACCACCUGUCCAAAGGAGCUUAUUGAAUUAUAACAACAACCACUGUAACAACAGUGCUGCUAGUGUUAAUCACAGUGGGAACAAUGCAAAGAAUUGCAACAACGAGCUCCGGUCGGAACCGACCAGUGCCCAUAAUAACAAUAGCAACUCGGUGGCAUUUAAUGCCAACAGUAGCAUAGCUGAAUUAGUGCAAUUGUCUUAAACAGGAUGUUUGCUAGAGUACUAUUAAUUGUUACGAGCUAAAAAGCAUAGAAGAAAAAAAAAAACAAUUGUAGAAAAGCCAUACUUAUGUGGUCUAAAAGUGAGAUUUUAAUUGAACCAAAUAUGAUCAAAAUUACUGUAAUAAAACGAUAAAUCCUAACGAGGCCUGACCACGCGUUUAUGAGUGGAAUGGAAAUCAA